AUGUCGUGUCGAGUGUGGUCUAGAUUCCAAACAACAAGAAGUGACGGGACAUCAGUGAAGUUGCGUAUUCAAGAUUUACCCGAAACCCGGUUGGAGGAUGCUGUAGAGUUGUUUAUACAAUACUUUAUCUUAGAAGAAACAUUUCAUAAGGCUGUAGGUGUCGCCGGAAAUCCGCAAGCGAUAUCAGAAUCUCGAGUGAUAGUGACUAAAUCGAUGCAGGAUCCUGCUUUCCAUCAUGUAAUAUGUUGUGAAGAUAGAGAUGACGAUGCAGUUGGCCAAAUAGUCGGUGCCUCCUCAAUAGAAUUGUCUGCAAUAGGUCCAGAACCAUUUGAAGGGAUAAAGUUCGAAGCAGAUGAGAUGCAGAAAAUUUUUAUGUUGCUGGGGGCGGUAAUGUCAGAUACGCAUAAUAUAAUGGGGGAGCUACAUAUCUCCAAUUUUUAUGAUGAUAGGGGCAUAGUUGUCCACCCCAAAUUCAGACAGUUAGGAAUUGCGAGAGAAUUUCUAAAGACUAGAUGUCUGGCUUGCGUGACAAACAAUAUUCCGGCUACCGGUGCUCUCAUGACCUGCAUCGCUACUCAGAAGGCUGCUGAGAAAGACAACUGGGAGACUGUCCUGGAGGUGGACCUACAGGAACUUGGCCGUAACCACGGCGUGACCUUCGAAUAUGGCGGCGUCAGCAAACUUAUGAUCUGGAAAAAUCCUCAAUAUAAACCCCUACAAAAUAUGUAAUCUUAGUCAGUUAAUUUCAGGUAAAAUUAUAAGAUAUUCAUUCACUUUUUUUUUAGCUGCCUACUAAAAAAUAACAAGUGC